GAAGACAUUCUCCAGGCCUGUCCAGCUAACAGUGUUUACUAUGAUCUUGGGGGCGUUUGUAGCGGCAAGUGCUGACCUGUCUUUCGACCUCCAAGGCUAUGUGUUUAUUCUGCUAAAUGAUGUUCUGACUGCAGCUAACGGAGCCUACGUCAAGCAGAAGCUAGACUCCAAGGAGCUGGGGAAGUAUGGCUUGCUGUAUUAUAAUGCGUUGUUUAUGAUCUUUCCAACAAUGCUGCUAGCUCAACUCACUGGAGACGUUCAGAGGGCGGUGGAGUAUGAUGGCUGGACAGACAUCCUGUUUCUCAGCCAGUUCAUCCUAUCCUGUAUAAUGGGGUUUGUGCUGAUGUAUUCUACAGUGCUCUGUACACAAUACAACUCCGCUCUAACCACCACCAUCGUGGGCUGUAUCAAGAAUAUUCUAGUGACAUACAUCGGGAUGGUGUUUGGUGGAGACUACAUUUUCUCUUGGACAAAUUUCAUUGGUUUAAAUAUCAGUAUUGCAGGUAGCCUGGUGUACUCCUACAUUACUCUGACAGAGGAACAGUCCAGUAAACCCUCUGAGAACGCCAUGGAGAUCAAGGGGAAAGUGGUGGUAUGACAUCAUGGUGACAUCGGUAUACCAGAGAAAGUCACUGGAGAUCCUUUUUCAAAUGUUAAUGGUACAAGAGAACAUUCUAUUUUUGGUACAUGUUGUAUUUAUGGACUUAACAGCUGUGGUUACCAUAGCAACCAACUGGACACCCCACCAUGGCAACAGGCUCCUCCCACUGGACAUGUGGAUUAGGAGGGUGUUGCUGGGGCAACAUGAUUUUAAAGGGUGCUUUUACUUAACUUCAUGUUUAGUCAUUAGACGAUUACAUCAUGGAGAGCACGGUCUUCCUGUUUUUGGUGAAAUGGGUUCAUGGGGAUUGAAUUCUCUCCUGAUGUCAGAACCAAGCAGAAUGUGUGGAAUGUUCCCUCAAACAGGAAUGGUCCAAUGGAAUCUGAGGCAGUAUUAUGUGGGUGCUGGUAUGUGCAUAAGAUGUUGUCCAUCAUACAGUUGAAGUCGGAAGUUUACAUACAUAUACACCUUAGCCAAAUACAUUUAAACUCAGUUUUUCACAAUUCCUGACAUUUAAUCCUAGUAAAAAUCCCCUGUCUUGGGUCAAUUAGG